UUUUAUUGGCACCAUUUCCAAGCUACAUGGUAGUUGGAGUAAUAAUAAAAAAAAAAAAAAAAACAAGUUGAAAUAAUGCGUGAAUUCAAAGUUGUUGUACUUGGUUCGGGUGGGGUGGGCAAAAGUGCUCUCACCGUGCAAUUUGUAUCCGGAUGCUUUAUGGAAAAGUACGACCCGACGAUCGAAGACUUCUACAGAAAAGAAAUAGAAGUUGACAACUCGCCAUGUGUCCUCGAGAUCCUGGACACAGCGGGCACCGAGCAGUUCGCGAGUAUGCGGGACCUUUACAUAAAAAACGGACAAGGGUUCGUGGUGGUCUACAGUCUGACGAACCACCAGACUUUUCAGGACAUUAAGGCCAUGAAGGAGCUGAUCACGCGGGUCAAGGGGACUGAAAGGGUCCCCGUUCUCCUGGUCGCCAACAAGCUCGACCUUGAGCACCAGAGGGAGGUCGACACCGCUGAGGGAAAUGCCCUCGCGGAGCUCUGGGGGUGCCCCUUCGUCGAGGCCUCUGCGAAAAACCGUACCAAUGUUAAUGAAGUGUUUGCCGAAAUAGUGAGAGAGAUGAACUUUAGUCCGGAGAAAGAAAAAAAAAGCUAUUGCUGUUGCAGUGUCCUUUAA